CAGCUACCUCCUUUAGGCUGGGACAUUGAGGAGACUGCAACUGAAAAAUGGCUGCUUCAAAACCACGUAUCAUUACACUAUCCAAGCGUGAGGGACAAAGCUUUGGCUUCUACCUAAGAGUGGAGCAUGGGGAGGAGGGUCACCUGAUUCGAGCCCUGGAGAUGGGUGGCCCCGCUGAACUGGCUGGUUUGAAGGAUGGAGACCGCAUCAUCAGAGUCAAUGGAACAUUCGUGGACAAUAUGGAGCACAGCCAGGUUGCAGAUAUGGUGAGAAAAAGUGGGGUGACCGUCACAUUCCAUGUCCUUGGAGAGAAGCCAUAUAAGCAGGCCAAAGAAAACGGUGUGAACCUUGCCGAGCCUCAGUCUCCCACUGGUCAGAGCCAACCCACCAUGAAUGGAGUGUCUGCACCAGCCCCUAAACCCAAGCUUUGUUUUCUGGAAAAAUCCAGCAGUGGGUUUGGUUUUUCCCUAAAAUCCACCAAAGGUGUUCAUGGCACAUUCAUGAUAGAUGUGGAAUCUAGAGGAGUGGCUAAUCAGGCAGGUGUGAAGCAAGGUGAUCGUGUGGUGGAGAUAAACGGUGAAAAUGUUGAGAGUGCUACACAUGAUCAGAUUGUGCAAAAGGUGAAAGCAGCAGGAAACAGUGUAAUUCUUCUGCUGGUGGAGGAGGACACUGACAAAUAUUUUAAGCACAAAAGCAUUCGACCAGUGGUGGGUCUUGCAACAGUUAGGUACCUCCCACAUAAGCCACGCAUAGCAGACAUGGUCAAGAGAGCAGAUGGUUAUGGCUUUAUUCUUAAGGCAGACCCUAAACUUGCAGGCCAUUACAUUGGAGAAAUUGACAAAGGAAGCCCUGCGGAGCGAGCAGGACUCAAGGAUAUGGACCGACUUGUGGCUGUGAAUGGAGAGGGAAUUGAAAACUGCACACAUGAGCAGGUGGUGGACAAAAUAAGUAAACAAGGCAACAAGUGCUGCCUCCUGGUGUUGGAUGCUGAAACAGACAAAAUGUACAAAUUGGGUGGUGCUUCUCCACUUCUGUACUGGGAGGAAAUGAGAUCAUCCGUGCCCAGCCAUCCUGAGCCUGAACAUGAAGCCAGACCUGCCCCAACACCAGCCCCAGCUGUGCCCACACCUGUCCCAGCAGUACCCGCACCUGCCCCAGCAGAUGUAGACCACAAACCCAAACUAUGCAGACUGGAGAAGACUGUAGCUGGAUUUGGUUUCCAUCUCAAUGGCAUCCAGGGAGUGUCCGGACAGUACAUCAAAGAGGUGGUGAAAGGUGGAGCAGCGGACAGAGCCGGACUGGAGGAUGAUGACAUUGUUGUGGAGGUGAAUGGAGUGAACGUGGAAAACAGCACACACGAAGAGGUUGUGAACCUCAUCCGUAAAAAUGGGGACACGCUAGUCCUCCUAGUGGCUGGGAGGGCAGUCUACGAACAUCUGAAAUCACAAGGGAUCGCCAUCACCCCUCAACUGCUGAAUAAAGAGCCUGCAGCUGAUAUCCCAGCACCAGCCCGCAUACCAGAUGAGGAGAGGAAAGAACAGCAUAAAGACACAGGAAAAGACAAUGAGACAGAAAGACCUGCCACUCCACCCCCUCAAACCCGUGCAAGGACUUCGUCAUCAUCAUCUUCUUCAUCAUCUGAGAGCGAGGAAGAGAGACUCUGAGCCUAUACUGAAAGAUCCUGCCAAUAUUCUGAUUUAGUGACAAGUUGACGCACUUACCAGAUUACCGAUUCUAUUAAGAAGAGGGAAAAUAACCUUUGAACAAGAGACUCUUUUCAAGGGAGUUUUGAUUCAAGAAUACAGAUGCAUUUUCAAUCUCUUUUUACAGCUAAGAAAAUAAUGGUGAUCUGGAACUGUUUAUUAAGAUGAUUUCUGUGCUGUUCUGCUUUCAUCGGUGUCUACAACAACAAAUAUUUAACCUUGCUUUAUUACAAAAACAGAGGGUGCUGCCUACAGACCUCUGUCAAACUUAUGCUGUUGUAAUUCAAAUGAAACAACAGGCACUUUCAAUUCUUAUACAAUUCUUGAUGUAUUCUGUUUUAUUCUACAUGAUGGUUUUGUCAUUUUUUGGUUGACUAUUCCUAUUGAAUAAAACCUCUUUAUUUGGUGAAAGCCACAAGGGCAACACCAAAUCUGUCUACAA